AUGGAGUUUGGCAUGGAUGCACUUUGGAUUAUUGGCGGCUUUUAUAUACUCAUUAAAAUGUCGUUUGUGCAUUUUAAUAGCAAUGAGCUGAACGAACUGCUAGAUCAGCUGGAUGAACUGCAUGAAGAGUUAAACAAUGAGCCUGGCCAGGCUGCUGCGUAUGAGCAACGUGCUUGGUACUUUCAAAUAGAAAGUGGCUUGGCUAUUAUUUGGCAUUGUGGCUUGGGUUUAUUUAAUUUGCUUGUUAUUUCGCUGCCGCUGUGGACACAACAGAAAUUGCCCUUUCAUGCUGUUUAUCCUUUCUCGCUGCAAGAUCCCGACAAACAUCCGUAUGGCCAUGUCUUUGUUUUUAUAUGGCAAUGUCUUAGCUUUUCGUACAAUCUAAUUGGUGUAGUCGAAGUUGAUGUAAUUACAUCGCAUAUGUUUCCGCAGCUGGCAGCCAAUUUAAAAGUGCUCUGCGUCAAGUUGCAAAGUUUUGCGCCCGAAUUUCAAAACAAUAAGCAACGCUUUGAUGCCGAACUCAAAUGUCUUAUACAAUUUCAUCAGCGCGUUAUAACACAUGUAAAUCGCACCAACAAAGUGCUGUAUGUGCCGCAAAUUGCGCAAAUUACUUCGGGAUUUCUACAGAUCUGUUUGUCGGCAUUCGUUAGCUUGGCGGUCAAGAACAAUCCGGCUGUUUAUAAAUUUAUACUGUUCUUAGUAUUAUCGCUGGGUUAUGUAUCCUAUUGGUGUGCUCUGGGCAAUAUGGUUACCUCUCAAUCGAUGGAGGUUGCUGCUGCGGCAUGGGGCACCGUUGAGUAUGCGCCAUUCUCCAGGGAAAUUCAACGUAAUAUUGCGUUUAUGCUACAGCGCGCUCAGAUACCGCUGCUCAUUCAAGCUCCGCCCUUUCCACCCAUCAACCGUGCCAGCAACAUGUAUCUAUUUAAGCAAAGCUAUAGCAUUCUGACAGUGCUGCUGAAUACGCUGGAUUAAGUUUGACUAGUCAUUGUCGUACUCUCUUUU